GUGUGUGUAACACAAAAAUAUUGACAGUGCCUUGCGCAAGUGGUAACCAGUGGUGGUGCGACAAAUGGCUGCCCUCUGAAAUGGGGAAAAGAGACAGAAAAAAUGGAGACGGACAGAAGAGUAAAAGCAAGAAGGCUAAAUUCACACAGGUUGAUCAGGAUGAAGACUCUCAAGGAGCUGACGGUGUGACCGAAUUACCUGGGAGUGCGUCUAGAGUAGUGGAGGACAAAACAGAAGAAGACGAGUACGGCGCUAAGGACUACCGAAAAAACCUGCAGCUUAAACUAGACCACAAAUCAAGACCGUUAUGGCUAGCUCCAGACGGACACAUCUUCUUGGAAUCGUUUUCCCCUGUCUACAAACACGCCCACGACUUCUUGAUCGCGAUCUCAGAGCCGGUGUGUCGACCCGAGCACAUCCAUGAGUACAAGCUGACUGCCUACUCGCUCUACGCUGCCGUCUCUGUCGGUUUGCAGACCAAUGACAUCAUCGAGUAUCUCCGCCGGCUCAGCAAGACCUCCAUACCGGACGGUAUCAUUGAAUAUAUCAAGUUGUGUACACUCAGCUAUGGCAAGUUGAAGUUGGUUCUCAAACACAACCGCUACUUUGUGGAAAGCACACAACCAGAUGUUCUACAGAAAUUAUUAAAAGACCCGGUUGUACAGCAGUGUCGUCGGAGAGAGGAUCUUGAUGAUGAGGGACAGGAGAAGAGCGAAGGCUUUCUGGUCUCCAAGUUAUCCGGACAGUCGGCUUUGAAGCUCAAUCAACCUAACUCCAACUCCAGUAGUACGGCGGGCCCGUCGUCCGGCCCAGACGGCGGUGACCAGAAUGGGGACAAGGCGGAGAUCCCGUCAGAUAUUUUCAACUUCUACGAGAAGAUCGACCGUGAGGAUGAGGAGGGGGAGGAGCUUCAAACUGUUUCCUUCGAGGUCCAGCAAGAAGAGAUCGAGACCUUACAACGACGGUGUAUCGAGUUGGAUUAUCCACUUCUAGCUGAAUAUGACUUCCGAAAUGACACUCACAAUCCCGACUUAAGUAUUGACUUGAAACCAACCACAGUUUUACGACCAUACCAGGAAAAGAGCCUCCGUAAGAUGUUCGGAAACGGACGGGCAAGGUCGGGGGUCAUUGUGCUCCCGUGUGGUGCCGGUAAGACAUUAGUCGGGGUGACCGCAGCUUGUACAGUGCGUAAGCGUUGCUUGGUACUCUGUACGUCUGGGGUCGCUGUGGAGCAGUGGAGGUCACAGUUCAAGAUGUGGUCAACAGUGGAUGACUCCAUGGUGUGUCGCUUCACAUCAGAUGCUAAGGACAAGCCAAUGGGAUGUAAUAUUUGCAUCAGCACGUACUCUAUGGUGGCACAUUCAACCAAGAGAUCGUGGGAGGCUGAGCAGGUCAUGAAAUGGCUACGUGAUCAGGAGUGGGGUCUCAUGCUGUUGGAUGAGGUGCACACAAUCCCCGCAAAACAGUUCCGCCGCGUUCUGACGGUGGUUCAGGCCCACUGCAAGCUCGGCCUGACCGCAACCCUUGUGCGGGAAGACGACAAAAUUGCGGAUCUGAACUUCCUGAUAGGGCCCAAGCUCUACGAGGCCAACUGGAUGGAAUUGCAGAGGAUGAACUUCAUCGCCAGGGUGCAGUGCGCCGAGGUCUGGUGCCCGAUGACACCUGAGUUCUACCGAGAGUAUUUGGGCCUCCGUUCAAGGAAAAGGCUGCUAUUAUAUGUGAUGAAUCCAAACAAGUUCCGUGCCUGCCAGUUCCUGGUGCGUUUCCACGAGCAACGAAACGACAAAGUCAUUGUUUUCUCAGACAAUGUGUUCGCUCUCAAGCAUUACGCUAUUGCUAUGGAUAAACCAUACAUCUAUGGACCCACCAGCCAGGGAGAGAGGCUGCAGAUUCUACAAAACUUUCAACACAAUCCUCUCGUCAACACCAUCUUCAUCUCAAAGGUUGGUGAUAACUCCUUUGACUUGCCAGAAGCCAAUGUCUUGAUCCAGAUCUCCUCUCAUGGAGGCUCCAGGAGGCAAGAGGCCCAGAGAUUGGGACGAAUCCUCAGAGCCAAGAAAGGUGCAGCAGCUGAAGAGUACAAUGCAUUCUUCUACACUCUAGUCUCCCAAGACACUCAGGAGGUGUACUACUCUUUAAAGAGACAACGCUUCCUCGUCAAUCAGGGAUACAGCUUCAAAGUCAUCACUAAACUAGCUGGCAUGGAUGAGAGCAACCUGAAGUACAGCAAGAAGCAAGAGCAGCAGCAGUUGCUGCAGCAGGUGCUGUUAGCUUCAGACAUCGACGCCGAGGAAGAAAAGAUCCCCGGUGACAGCGCCAAGGGUUCCUCACAGUACGUACGCCGUGUUGGGAACAUGAGCUCCAUGUCCGGUGCAGACGACCAGGUUUACAUUGAAUACCAAAGCAGUAAAUCUAAGAAGAACCUAUCUCAUCAUCCACUCUUCAAGAAGUUUAGGUAGUACACUAACAGCGUCCCAAACCAAUAGUGCAUUCUGCUCUACCAACCAGGCUCCUAUAAUGGACAACCCCAGCCCAAAUACAUCGUUUUGGUCAGUUAAGGGUUAACCCUGUUUCCGCUGCAGGAGUAGGUGGCAACGUGCCUCUGCUGCCAAUAAGUUAAGUGUAGCUCUCACCUUGAAGUGGCCAUCCGGCCUUCAAGAUGAUUAUCUUUUUGGGGGGUUUUCAUUGGAGCUAAAAAAAAAUAGGGUGCAUUCCAGUUAAUGCAGACAUAGGUUCAGAUUCACUAAAUAAGUAAGAUUUGAAAGUUUGCAUGGUGGGAAUGCAAACCUGGUGAGGUUUGCAAAAAAAAACUGUUUCGGGUGAACUUGCCAGUGGUUGAUCACUGGCCAUUGACCAAAACAGUUAUUGGUUACGACCAUGAAACCCACCCAUUGUACUGGUCUAGUAGAAAUAGCACCAUCUACCAGCGGGUAGAAUUUAACUCUAUAAAACUGAAUCAAAUGAACACUUUAAAAGGUUUAAAUACACCAAAAUAUUUAUUGCUUCAAUGAUUUUGUUGUUAACUAGUGUACAUUUUGUAUAUAAAUUAUAAAACUCAAGAAUCACUGCACCAUAGUUAGACACAAGAAACAAACCGACAACUUGUGAAAAUUAACGUUUCCUCAGUUACCAAAAUGUCAAAAAGGUCAUAGAUUAGGGUCAUAGAAGUUAUCACUAAAGCGCUAGUGAAAUACGGAAAAGUAUAGUGCUUCUGCGUCCCAUAUCCAUCGAGGCCGAAGGCCAAAUUGGAUAUGGGACGCAGACGCGCCAUUUUUGUUCAUAUUCCGCGAGUGCCCCUAAAGGGUGAAUAUGCAACAUUUUAAGGAGAGACAAUAAUUGUCACCUGAGAAAGUUUCAGUGAAAUACAUUGUCUACUUUUUGACAAAACAGCUCAACAGUUUGGUAUUUUCAUGAAGUAUGCUCAUAUUUUAUAGCAAGGUAUUAGCAAGUACCAACCACAUCUCUCCGAAUUUCCAAAACUUGCCUCUCUUGUAGGUGAAAUACUUUGACAUACUUUUAUUGAGUCUUAUUAUUAUUGGGGCCAUUUCAUUAAUUUAGCAGGAUGCUUACUACCACUACCAUCUUUAUUAAAAGCAAGCUUUCGGAUAGAAAUUACACAAUUUGUUUACCGUAUAUUGUGAACGCAGGGUGUAGAUGUUUACAAUCGAAAGAAUAAGUUUUGUAAAAUAAUAAACAAGUUACUAUUUUCAAACUACAAACCUUGUGAAUGAUUCUGAUUAUUAAAACAAGUGUACUGCCGACCAGCUGGGACCAAGUUUCUUAGAGCUGCUUAAGAAUGCUUUUAUUUUGCCAUUUUGACACAAAAAUAUGAGUACUUUUUAUUUUAUAGAUUGGAGAAAUUUAUAAGCUUCAUAAAAAAAGUAUUUAAUGAAGAAAAAUCUGCUAAUGAUAAAAAAACAAAUAAAAAUUUAAUUGUUGUUUGAAUUCCGACACUAUCUCAUCAGCCUGUCCUGUUUUAAGCGGAAAAUAUUGAAGAACAAAUUUAUAAGCAGGAAACUUGUCACAAACAGUAAACCUUCACAAUUUCAGAAAGCUUUUAAAGGAACACGUUGCCUUGAAUCAGUCGAGUUGGUCUUUGAAAAGCCAGACUAUUACUGCUUAGAAAACUUGCAUAGUGCUUUAAAACAUAAUAAUAGGGAGACCGCCACAAAUACAGACUAUUCAUUUAAGGUUUAUCCUUAUACUCGUUGCCCUCCAGUAUAAGAGACCACAGCGGCCAGUAAAUGGCUUGUACAAAAAUGACAUUAGCUGUCGAAGUAUCUGACCUACUUCCAAUCAACCAAAAAGGUCAAUGUAAAGGUCAAUUAUCUGAAUUGAAAACCAGAUUUAUGUUUUGUAUAAUUAUUUUGAGAAAUUUUUACCCACAUUUUUUUUUUCUGAAAGAGGUCUGGGCGUACGGUGAUGACCAUAGAGAAAUGAAUGGUUGUUUAAAGGGAUUGCACAUGUAUCUGUUUGGUAAUUGGAACCAACUGAUAGUUUCAAUCCUAUAUUAGAUAUUACAGGCCUGCUUCGUUUUUGAAAAGGCAAGGGCACCAAGGCAUUUUCACCUUGGUAAAGGGCAACUUAUGAGGAAUUGUAAAAUUCUACUGGAGCAUUUCAAAGGCACCAAGGCAAUGACCAUGCUGCCUCCGUGGAGUAUCAGGCCUAAUAUUAUACCAUAAAACUAAUCUAUGGAAAUUUUGUGGUUACAUUUUUGUACUCGCAUGAUUUACAAAAUGGUUAAAACUGGUGAACACUACUUAAAUGCUUCAUAUAUAUCUAUGAAAACAAAAUCAUUUCUAUAAAAUGUUUAUAAAUAACUACUUUACUUUUAUAGUAUCUCUUCGUCCCAUGCUGAAUACUGGACUUUUUCCAAGCAUGACUGAGAAAACCUUAAUCGAAUUUCGUUUCAUUUCAUAAAGAUCAUAUCACAUUAUUUGAAUGGACCUUCAAUUUUGUUUCGUUAAUUUUAUACAAUAAUUUGAGUUGUCACAAGAUUUAAACCAUUGUGCAUAUCUUUGGGAAGAUGAACUGAUUAUGAUAUGAGGUUGAACAACUAUGGAAAGCCAUAAAUGCAAAGCAAAAAAAAAUUGCCACAGUUUGGAACAAUGAGAAACAAUUUGUUGGAAUUUGUUGGAAACAAAGCAACCAAUCAUUGUUGAUCAUUUAUUUAAUUGAAAGUUUGCGUAAAAAGUUGAAUUGGUACGACCCUGCUAACACAAUUGAACGUUUUGCUAACAUUUGACCGUCCAUGCCAACCAGCACGGUUUGUUUAACAACAG